CCCACACCCCUUCAUCACAGACAAAAAUGUGUUUAAUUAAUGAGUGAAAGGUGGGUAGCAGUCCCUCAGAUGCCAUAUUAUGUCUGUCUUGUGUCUUUAUAUGUGAACAUACUUCCACAAUCCAGCAGAAUCCUAAGUAAGAACAGAGUAUGGAGCCACUGCUUUUACUGGUAAUGAUGAGAAACUUGACUUUGUGUGUGUGAAAGAGCGCUUGGGUGUGACCUUGUCAUGGUACUACAGUGGGGUUAAGCCAGACAGCAGCAUGAUUUAUUAAUAAUAUACUAUCUGGGGCACGCUAACUCCCACAUGAUAAAUCAGCCCAAGACACUACCUCAAAUACAACUUCAUCAUAUUCUGUUCAAAUCAUGAGAGCAGGUCAGAAUACCAGCUGUACUUCUGUUUCUCUCUUAAAGCCGUCGCUUUGUGUCGCUGAUUUAAACUCCCCUCUUUGCUUUAGUGAUUUCUGGGGAAAAUGUUUGGCUAAAGCUAACCUUAAUGCUAAUCACAAAGGUCCAAACAUUGGAUAUUGUUAGUAAUAUCCAAUGUUUGGACAAUUAAAGUCAUCUUAAAUAUCUUGAGAUCAAACUUAAACAUCGGAAAUUCUUUGAGUUUGUACCUCUCAUACAGUUAGUAUGUGAUGGGGUAUUGAAACAACAGUAGAUUACAAGCAGAAACAUUUUAAAAUUUCUAUUUAAACUAAAACUUCAUUGUUUGAUUAAAUCUGCUAAAAUAAGCACAGGAAGCCAAGACUGAUUUCUCUAAAUAGCCUUUUAAUAAAUGUAGGCUGACAUUCCUGGAUCUUAUUGCUGGAUUCGUCUAAAUGCAGUGGGAUUCUUUCUAGUUUGAGGUCAUCUUUGUAUUAGGUUUCUUUUAUUGAUAGUAUUUAGUUUUCUGUUUGUGUUGUUGCUGUUAAUUCCUUUGUAAUUUAAGUCUUGUCAUUUUUUGCCUUAAUUUUUAGUUACUGGUGACCCUGAGCUUAUUUUGGCUCCUCGUGUCUUAUAUCUAGUUGUCUUUGCCUUUCGUUACCUUAUUGUGUGUGUAUUUUGGCCUGUUUUCUUCCUUUAGCUACUUCCUGCCUUUACUUUGAAAGGUUCAGUUUUCCUGCCUCUCUUAUUACCUGAUUAUUCUCAGCUGUGUUUUGUUCCCCAGCUGUUUUCAUCGCCCCUCUUCACCUUUUGUGUUUUUACACACAGUGGUUCAUGACAGUUUCCUUAAUGGUGAGGCAAAGCUUGGUCCUCCAAUUAUCAUGUGUACACGGUCCUACCAGGAAAACACGUGUGCUGAUGGCGAGUGCGACAUGGACAGCAGCACUGAAAAUGGCAACAGCUCUGACUCGCUUCACCCAACACGGCAACGCAGCCGCCUGAUUGGCUCAGCGUCUGCGCCCGUCAUCUCUAGAGAGGAGCAGUUUGAAGACUACGGUGAAGGGGAGGAUGUAGAUUUUACUCCCAGCAGCCCUUGCCCUGAAGAAGAAACACGAACAAAUGGUUUCUCAGAUCUUGGAUCCUCGCUUCCCUCCAGUGCUGGCCACACCCCUCAAAAGAUGCGGCAGCUGUAUAACAGUGAGCUGCUGGACAUCUACUGUUCGCAGUGCUGCAAGAAAGUGAAUCUACUCAAUGACUUGGAGGCUCGACUGAGAAACCUCAAGGCCAACAGUCCUAACAGGAAGAUUUCCAGCACAGCAUUUGGACGUCAGCUGUUCCAGGCCAAUCACAGCGUGUUUGGGUCCAGUCAGGGCAGCAGCACAGAGGAUCUGUUCACAGACAGUAUUGACUCCUGUGACCUUGACAUCACAGAGAAAGUCAGCUACCUGGAGAAAAAGGUGACAGAACUGGAAAGUGACAGUCUGGCCAACAAUGACCUCAAGUCUAAACUCAAGCAUGACAACACCCACCUUGUGCACAGGGUUCAUGAGCUAGAGGAGCAGGUGAAGGAUGCAGAGACAAAGUCUGCAGAGAGUCUCAAAGAAGAGGUGAAGAAACACCGGGAGGCUUACACCAAGAUGGAGAGAGAUAGAAACACAGAGAUAGAGCUGCUCUGUAACAGGUUACAGCAGUUAGAAGAAGAGAAUACAGAGAUGAAGUUGAAUGUGUGCAGACUCAAGUCUCAGACUGAAAAAAUGGAUCAGGAGAAGCAGAGGGUGACAGACAAACUGGAGGACACUAGUUUGAGGCUGAAAGAUGAGAUGGACCUGUACAGGAAGAUAAUGGACAAGCUCUGGCAAAACCGCCACGAGUUUCAGAAGGAAAAAGAGUCCAUGCAGGAGCUGAUUGAUGAUCUCCGUCGGGAGCUCGAGUAUCUGCAGUUGUUUAAACUGGAGAUGGAACAUCCUGGGAAAGGCAAGGGGCUGUCUGAGUUUAACGCCAAAACCAGGGAGAUGGAAAUGGAACAUGAAGUGAAGAGACUGAAACAGGAGAACCACAAGCUGCGUGAUCAAAACGACGACCUGAACGCUCAGAUUCUCAGUCUGAGCUUGUACGAGGCCAAGAACCUGUUCUCCUGUCAAACCAAGGCCCAGUGCCUGGCAGCUGAGAUUGACAACGCUUCCAGAGAUGAGCUUGUGGAUGCUUUGAAGGAGCAGGAGGAGAUCAACCUGCGUCUGAGGCAGUACAUGGACAAAAUCAUUUUGGCCAUUCUCGACCACAAUCCUUCCAUCCUGGAGAUCAAGAAUUAAACACAAUGCACAUUUGUAUUAGUGAAGCUGUGCUGAUCUACCGUUACCUUUAGUCCGUAAAGUUGUAAUCCAUAGGAUUCCUGUCCUGGCUGAAGCUGAUGGAGCUGUUUACACUACAGACAAACACAUUCGCAUUGUUCACUCAGUGAUGUUUUUUUUUUCACAGAUAUUGUGCACGUUUGGUCCCCCCUGUGAGAUUUAAAUCUUAAGCUGCAGUACAAAAUGCAGGAAAUGUUCUGUUGGUGUACAUAAAUAUUUUUCCUGCUGAACUGCAGUACAGCAAACAGUUCACAUUAAAGCUUUCCUGCAUUUCAGCAUCAACUCUUUGGGUAUCAUUGCUUUUACUUGGAAGGUGACACUAACCCUGGAUAUUUAAUCCCUUUAAUGUGUGACCACUUUGAAUCUGGUAACACAUUUUAAUGUGUGGAUGUUACCACAAAUUACUGAUAAUGCAAUAAAUGGGCAGUUUUUGGUUUGGGUACAAUCAGAAUCUGAUGUCACUAAAAAGUUAAGGAUUACAACUUUACUUUGCAGCUAACAUUCUGAAUGUUUGACACUUGCACACAAAUGUAUGUACAUUACCACAGCAGCUGGUCUCCACAUCCACCCGAAGUAAACGCCUCUUUAUAAGGAAUCACUGUAGAGCAACUUUGCCAUUUUAAUCUUAUCCACCGAUGUUUAUCACUGUAUGUUUGAAAGUACAUAAAAGAAAAGCAUCUUUCCUGUAUGUUAUGUAAUUUGGACAACUGUCUUUGACUCACAGGCACCAAGUGGAAAACAGAUUUAAGAAGUGAAGCAAAUAAAAUGGGAAGGUGAACCGUUUCUGUAGUAAAAUCAGAAAUGAGUUGUUCUGUAGAGAUUGUAGAUAGCUACACAGUACAUGAACACUGAUGUAAGCCUUUCUGGUGACACUCAACUUUUCAGUUCUUGUGAUCAUUUGAUUGCGUUUCUAACCCUUUAAUUUAGCUGUUUGAACACAGCCGAAUGUUUACAUUGAACCAUAUGCUUUUAUAUCGGUUUUCAGUAGUAGUUCCAAAUGUUAAUGUCAGUAACUACAUGAAGCCUUUGCUUUCUGAAGACUUUUCACUAUAGAGAUAUUUAAAGGUGCCAAUGAACAGAAUUAUGUGCCAAAUCAUUUGUGUUUUCCACAAAUAAUCUAGUAGAUGAAGAGCAUCAUACUGCAGAGCUGGAUGGCUUACAUGUACUUGUAUAUCAGCCAAAUUAGCAUGUGUAUCUAUGAAUCCAGAACUGUAACAUGCAUUUAUUAAUAAAUGUGUAGAAAUGUGCGCACAUCAUAAAAACUGCAAGUCCAGAUCGUGUCGUGCUGUUCUGAUCUGAGCUUAUUCCAAAUUUUCUCACCAAAUAUGAAAAUAUUCAGGUUCAGGAAAUUGUAUUUAGCUUUGCAAGGAAAUGAAUACAUGUGACACAUGUGGUGAAGCUCGAGGAUUUUAACAGUGUGAACUAAUGUUCUUUGCAUUGAAUAUAGAUUACAAGAAAACUCUGUGGGGCACCUUUAAAAUCAGGUUCUGCACUGUAGCCCAACUAUGAAAGCACAUAGCAUGUGAUAUAGUAACACACUUGUUUCGUAGGCAAAGUUUGUAUACCUGGAACAAUGAUUUUAAAAUAGGGUGUAAACAUUCUUGUUCUGUCAAAAUUCACAUGUUCACAUUGAUUUCUUUUAUUUUUGUACCACACAUGGAGCAAUGGGUGACUAGAUGUGUAAAUAAAAUCCAUUCGCUUAGCACCACAAAGUUGGUCCUGGUUGCUUAUUUGUAGUCUUGUCUUGUUACUGGGUACAAAGUAACAAAUAUGUUAAUGCAGGUUUGAUGUCAUGAUAUGAAUAGUGUGAUAGUGGAUGACAAGUUAACAUGGAAAUCACAUAUUGAACAUGUUAAAAAAAAGUUGGCUAAAAGUAUUUAUAUCCUGGGUAAUGUUAGAUAUAUAUUAGAUUACAAGACAAUGAGAAUAUUAUAUUUUUCAUUGUUUCUACCCUAUCUGAGCUAUUGUGUUGAAGUAUGGGGGAAUACAUACGUGACUAAUAUGAAACCAUUAUAUUUAUUACAGAAGAGAGCGCUUCGAAUUAUGUAUAAUGUUAAAUAUAGAGAACACACUAAUAAUUUGUUUAUAAAAUCGAAAUUGUGAAAACUAGAAGACAUAGUGAAAUUACAGACUUUAACUAUUAUGUUUAGGGCAAAAAAUAAAACACUACCUCUUAAGUUACAAAGUUUAUUUGUAUUGUGUUCAGAAAACGGGGACGGCAGAAGGAAGUUUUAUUUUAAGCACCGGUUUGCUCGAACCACACAAAGGCAAAUGUGUCCAACAGUCAUAGGCAUAAGAAACUGGAGUUCUCUCAGUGAUCAUCUUAAGUGUUGUAUAAAUGUUUCUCAAUUUAAAAUCUGCUAUAAGAAUAAAAUGAUAAACCAAUAUGAAGAAGUUGAAAAGAAUAGAAUUGUAGAAAAAUGAUCCUUUUAGUUUGAUAUUUAGUGGUAUUGCUCAUUGUUGAGUAUAUUGUUCUGUUUGCUUUGUUUUGUUUUGUUAUGUGCAGAAAAUUGUCAUAGUGUAAUUUUGGUUGCUUACUUGUGUUAUCACAGAUAGGGGGCAGGUAUCAAUAAGAAUUUAUUCUUCUUCCUGCUCCUUUUCAUGCAAACAGUGUUACUUUAAUUGAAAGGAAGGUUGUGUAUGGGAAUGCAUUACUGCUGUACCAUGUGUGAAACAAAAAAAAUAAAAUAAAAAUAAAAU